CAUUAUUAGUACUUCUCCCAUUCAUAUAUUUAUUCAUGCAUGCAUGUGCACUGUGUGUCCUUCACGGGCUUCCGUACGGGUUUCUAGCAGUUCAGGCGCUGCAUUGUGGAGGGACACCGGGAUCACGUUAACGUUUAGCAUGUACUGCAGCAGACACUGCCUCCGGACCGCGCUGCGGGCUGCAGCGAGCACACACCGGCAACAGCUUCUGCGGCAGGCGCCGACCCUGUGUGCGCUCAGACUUUUGAAGACCAGUCCGGCCACCCACUCAGAUGCCAUCGCCACCCCUCCACUAGAUGGAGCGCCCAAACAAUAUUCCCCCAAAAUCCAACAGCUCGUCAGUGACAUAUCCAGCCUCACUUUAUUAGAAGUGUCGGACCUCAACGAGCUCCUAAAGAAAACUCUGAACAUUCAGGAUGUUGGAAUGAUGCCAAUGAGUGCAUCAGCUGUUCCUGCGGCUCAGGCCGUAGAAGAGGAGGAAGCACCGGCCAAGAAAGAGCAGACUCACUUCACAGUAAAGUUGACGGAAUUAAAGGCAGCUGAUAAAGUGAAACUUAUAAAGGAAGUGAAGAACUGCAUCCAAGGCUUGAAUCUGGUGCAGUCCAAGAAACUGGUGGAGUCUCUUCCCCAGGAAAUCCGAGCCAACGUAUCCAAAGAAGAGGCAGAGAAACUGAAAGCAGCCCUGGAGGCAGCAGGCGGCACGGUGGUGUUGGAGUAGACGUUGUGUGCCCACCUGUGCACCCCCGUUCUACACCGUUUUGCUGCUCAUGCACUUCAACGUUCAUCCUAUUAUUUCUUUUUUUUUUACAUGACAAAGAGGAAGAUCCCAGGAGAAAAGGAAACAAAUGCCUUCUGACAUGAAUACUGUCUCUUAACAGCAGUCAGGUGGGGCGGCACAACUCAGACUGAACUUUUCCAGGCACACAGCCUGCACAAAUGGCCGCCUCACUGUUUCCUUGUCCAUUUGUCUGCUCGUGUGUCUGUCUGAUGCUUGUGUAGCGGGAAAAAAAAGCUACAGAAACACUGGCCCUGGUGCCAAGUAAGCCAGUUGGUCAUUCUCUGUGCGUAUGUUAAACGUUUCACAGAAAGAAAGAGAACACCAGAUACUGUAUCUUGUUCAUUGGAUGGCAGGGCGGAGUCGUCAUUGAUUAUAGAAUUGUUAAUAAUGUGAUUAAAGUUGAAAUAUCCCACACAAAAAAAA